GAGUAAUGUCAGUAGUAUAAUAGUGAAAAUAAAUAAUUAAAAAUGAGUGAUAAUUACAAUGAAAUUGCUAAAAAGUUAGAAGAGUACAGAAAGAAGAAACAUUCUCAAAGGAUAAAAUGUGAAGAAGAAGAUAAGGAAUUGAAAGAAAAACUUUUGGCCGAAGAGACUGAUUCAAACGCUCUAAGUAGUUCUGAAGAAACUGAAAUAGACGAUAACUUUCAACCUCUCUCUAUACUAGACUAUGUAUACUAUGUAUUAUGUUUCACUUUCUGGGCUAUACUUUACGCCAUUUUUAUCAAACUACAAUUUGGUACAAUAUUUUUUUUGAUAUCUUGUUUAGUUGGUAUAUGUAUAAACACCCGGACGCGACCGAAAAAGAAAGGUGAAAUUAGCGCUUAUUCAGUAUUCAAUAAAGAUUUUAAAAGUAUAGAUGGAACACUGAAAGCUGAACAGUUUGAAAGGGAAAUUAGGUAUGGAUCUGGAGCUGUUCAAUGAAAUAGAGCAAUAAAUUUAAAGCUACAACACAAACUCUCAUGUCUGCAAAACUAAAAGAACAAACUAUGUAUUGAAUUACAUUCCACAUAUUUCUGGAUUAAAUUCAUUCGAUUCAAUUCGAAAAAUGGAAUUCUGGGAAUCAAAAUAGAGACCACCAAGUUUCCAGUGUUAGUUACCUCCAAAGACGUUUUUUAAAUCUGUUUAGUGUUUCAGACAGAGUGAAAGGAUGUAAUUUUUUUUUACAAUUUUUUAUUUAGGUAAUACAUUUAUAAAGAUUCAAUUAUCGUUUAUGAUUCAACAUUAAACAAUCUGAUUAAGAGA